UGAGUUCAGCUUGACACAAACAAUCUAUCAAAAAUCUGCUAUGUCCUUUAUCACAUACUUUAUUACUGUUUAUUUCUUCAUCUAAAACUAGCAUGACUACUACUACUAACAACAGCUCAAAAAGCAAAAUAUUAUCGUGCUUGCAGUGUAUGUCUGUCGAAAGUGAUUUCGACCGCAACAGUUGAUAUUGAAAAUGAUCCAACAAAGAAAAAGUUUCUUGAACAAUUAAUUGAUGACGAAGCGACAAAAAGACAGUCAAUAUCAAUAAUGAAAGAUAAAAUUGAUAUUUAUAUCGAUUUUAAAUUAGACAAAGACUGUUCAAAUUCAUACUUAUUUUGAUAUCAAUACGGAAAACCUUUUUUGCCAGAUUUUUCUAAAUUGGUAUGUCACAUAUACCUAAUACUACACAAUUCAACUGUUGUCGACAGAAAGUUUUUAGUAUCAGGGAAAUUUAUCUACUAAAGAUGAACUAAUUUACAUUCCAUAACUGUUAAUAAUAUUUUAUUUCUCCGUUCUAUAAAGAAUAAUAAAAUGGUUUAUUAAUGACCAGUUAUAUUCCUUUUUUUUUUUACUAUUCUAUUGUUGUGUCUUAUUUUUCCAAUAUGAAAUCAAACAAAUGAUAUGCUCAAAGGAAAAAAUAUCUCAUAAAUACUUAAUGAAGUAGUGAAAAAAAAACUAUCAAGGUAGGCGAAGAAGAGACGAAAAAAUUAAGGUCGAGACGAGGCGGAGAAACUUUUCUUCUGGGUGGAGUGAGGGGAGAUGCUAAAACUCUGUCUCGUUUCUGUCUCUGGCUUACACCUCUAACAAGGAGCCGUAUCAUCAAAGUCUAUUCAUGAUACGUCUAGCAAGAUUGAUAUUGAUUGAAAUAAUUCUUCUAUUCUAUUAAGGAAAUGAAACUUGUACUUUUUUUUAAAUAUGAAACAGUUUCUGACACCAAGUUAUCUUCUUUUUAUCUUUCCUUUGAACGGUACCAUGUCAUCAAUCAUUUGUCUUGAAUUAGUAUUGUCAUUCGUUUAUUUUUUUUUUCAAAACAUUUGUUUCUACUUGUGUUAUUUUCUCAUUAUCUUUUUUUUUAUCAUUUGUAUUAUCUAAGUACAAUAAACAAAUAAAUUUUACUAUACAAUGUAGUUGUUACCGCUAUUACAUGAUUGGUUUAUAUUACUAGUGCGCAAUAGAAUGAACCAAUAAAGUAUGGCAUGAUUAAAGUGCAUCAUCGAUGCACUUAUCUGUACCAUGUUUCGUUCGAGAUAAUCUGUACGUACUGACAUGGGUAUUUGUCGAACAUUUUUUAUUGGUUGUAAACGUACAAUUCUCUAAUGUGAUAUAAUAGUUUAUCUGUUCGAUUUAUUGUUCAAACAAACGAUUUAUAUUUCAUUUAGUACUCUCGCACAAAAAUCGAUAAUUAUGCCAACAGAAUCUUUACGUAAAAGUGAAUCAAAUAGUAAACAUAAAUUAAAAACUAAAAUACCAAAACGAUUACGUAAAAAUAAACAAAAUAAUAUUAAAAUUGAAGAGAAUACAACAAACGGUGUUCCAAAGACAGAUCAUAUAUCACUAACAAAACAAAAUACAGUUCAAGAAAGUGCUUCUCUGUUGUUAAACACUUCACCUUCCAAGACAGAUAAUAAUCCAGUAGUUGUAUCAAUGGAUGAAACAUCAAUCCAUUAUUGGAAGUGUUGUACGAAGAAAGCAUUGGAUAUUCUUGAAAAACAAGCAUCCAAUCGACGAAAACUCUUAAUUGAAAGACAUCAAGAACGUAUCGAUAGUAUACAAUAUUUACUUAGUCAACGUGAACAAAUCGAUACAUUAACUGCAGAAAAUCAUUCGAUAUCUCAAUUAGUCGAUUCUUUACACAAUGAAGUACGUACAAAAGAUGAAAAUAUAAAAAUUCUUGAAGAAAAACUUCAUGAUCAUGAUGAUCUUAUUCGUCAUAAUGAAGUUUUACGUGUACAAUUACAAUUAAUCGAACAAAAAUUUCAACGAUUUACUAUUGAAUAUAGUAAAAAAAUGGAUGAAAAUCAUCAACAUGAAGAUGAAUAUAAUGAACGAAUUCAAUCAUUAAUUGAUGAAAUUGAACGUAUAAAACGUGAUCUUGUCUUAGAAGAAUAUCGUAAACAAGAAGCUGAAAGAAAAGUACGUUUUUAUGAAGAUAAAAUAAAAAUUGAACAAAAUUUAAAUAAAAAAAUACAACAAGAUUUAAUACAAUUAAAACAAGAAUUAAAAUCAAUUCAUACAAGAUAUGAUUCAUUACAAAUUGAAAUGCUUGCUAUGCAUAAAGCAAAUAAUAAUGAUAUAUCUUUAAUACCAACAAAAGAUACGAAUGAAAAUGAAUGGUCAAGAAAACGUACAAUAAAUGAUGAUAUUGAUGAACAAUUCGAGGUUAAACGAUCAAAAAGAAAGACUCGAGAUCGAACAGAAUCAUCGGCUAGUACAAUAAGUAAUUGUAGUGAUAAACGAAAUAAAAUAGUGACAAAAUUAUCAAAAAAUAAAGAGAAUGACAUCAAUGAUCCAUCUUUAAUCUUAAAAAGAAAAACAUUAAAAUCAAAAAAAACAAGUAAAAAUCAUUUACCAAUAGUGACUCUUACAGAAGCUAGUCCAUCAAAUGAUCAAGGUAUAUUAAUUGAAAAAGAUUCAGCACAAUUAUUAAUUCCACCAUCAACUAGUGCAACAUCGGAUAGUAAUAUAUCUACAACAGAUUCUCAAGAUACAAGUUGUGAAUCACAAUCCAUAAGAGCACGAACAAAAAAACAAAGUCGUUAUCCAUGUCGACGUGCACAACGUCCAGUCAAACAAAUUGAUACAAGUGAUCAAAUAUAA